AUGUCAUCCGGUACAGAUCCCAAGCAGCGCUUCCACAGGUCUUUCCUAGACCAUGUUGCGGUACUUCAGGACCAGAUUGAGGAGUUAAAGUCCAUCUCGACGGUGGCCGGGGAGCGUCAGGAAGCCAUCGAUCACAUUCUUGCUGGCAUCUCGAAGCUUCAGAAUGAAGUGGCUGACGUCGCCGACACCACCCCGGCAUAUGACCGGAAACAAUAUUCAGAGACUGUAAAAGGACUUCAAGAGAAGCUCAGCGACACCACCGCGGCGCUGGCGCCCAAGUCUCGAUUCCAGUUCAAGCGCACGGCCAAGCACGUCGACAUGGGCGCGCCGGAGAACGACCCGCGCCUGCUCUCCGGCAGCUACUCGCGGAAUCAGCACCAGCCCUCCGCGCCGCCCGGCAUGCCGCAACGGCUCGGCGAAGAGGCCGAUGACGAGCUCAAGGAGCUACCGCCGCCUUUGUCCGAGCGCGACUACAACGCGGAGCUGUCGCGGCCGAGCGCGUCCGCCAUCCGCAAGCCCAGCUUCUCGGCGGCGCGGACGAUUGGCAUCUCGCACCAGUCGGGCCUGCACAUCAUCCUGCCGCCGUCGGCGGCCAUGGCCACGGCGUCGGGCAGCCUGACGGACCUGGCGGGCUGCGUGGUGGACAUGUCGAUACCGACGUCGCGCGGGCAUGCGUUCCCGGGGCUGGCGCUGCGCGACAUCCGCAAGAGCCUGAUCGUGGCCGGGCGCGUCGCGGGGCCCGUACACGUCACGGGCAUCAGCGACAGCAUCCUGGUGCUGGUGGCGCACCAGGUGCGCAUCCACGACUGCAGGAACGUGGACAUUUACCUGCACUGCACAAGCCACCCGAUCAUCGAGGACUGCUCGGGGAUGCGGUUCGCGCCCCUGCCUUCAUGCUACAUGACUGAGGCGGACAAGGCCGUGGAAAACCAAUGGAACCAGGUGGACGACUUCAAGUGGCUCAAGGCGGGCCACAGUCCCAAUUGGACGACUUUGGGCGAGGCGCAGAUUUUGAGUGACAAAAUCUGGACAAAGGUUGUACCGGGGCGGCCUGGCGCGAGUGUCGACGAGACUCUGGCCAAGGUUGGCAUUUCACCAAGAUAA